GUCGGGUCCUCCACCUUCCCACAGGCCCUUGCGCCGGCGCGACCAAGAUGGCGGCGCUCAGUGGUGGCGGGACGCCAUGGCGGCGGGCCUGGCUGCCCGCCCUGCAGCUGCUGCGGCGCGGCUCCAAGGCGGUGACGCGGCACUGGAAGGCCGCGCACUUCCAGCGGCAGAAGCUGCUGGCCCUGACCGAGUACCUGCCCCCGCGGCCCGCCCUGCCCCCGCGCUGCCUGCCCCGCCCCGCGGCCCGGCAGCAGCAGGAGGACGGCUAUGCCCGCGUGCUGCGUGCCCAGCUGGAGGCCACGCUCCGUGCCAGCCGCAUGGUGGCCGUGUGCCAGUACAACGCCAUGGCCGACGAGGACGUGGCCACGCUGCGCCACUUCCUGCGCCGCCACGACAUCCACGUCAAGUUCGUGCUCAACGAGGUUGCCCGGGCGGUGCUGGAGCAGUCCAGGCUCCGGAACCUGCUGCCGCUGUUCGUGUGCAGGAACAUCCUGCUGGUGAGCCCGGAGCCGCGGGCCAGGGAGAUGCUGCGAGUGCUCCGGGGGGUGCCCCAGGUCAACCUGCUGGGCGCCUGCAUCGACGACACCAUCCUGAGCCGGCAGGGCGUGGAGAACUUGGCCCGGCUGCCGUCGCUGGAGGUGUCGCAGGGGCAGACGGUGGCAGCCCUGUCCCUGCUGCCCUCGCAGACCUGCUCCCUGCUCCAGCGCGGCCCCGCUCACCUGGCGGCGCUCCUGGAGCAGCACAUCCGGCGGCUGCGGGGCGCGGGGGCAGCCACGGAGCCUCCCCCGGGCCCCAGCACUGCGGGCCACUGACCCUGGCAACUGGGAACCAGCUCCUUCCCUGGCUCUGGGAAACGGGGAGCCCCUCGGAUGAGGGGCUGGAGGUCGUGGACACAAUCCCCACGGGAUUCUGCAGCUCCACAGAGCGGGGUCAGGGAGUGGGGGUUGGGCACUGAGGGUCCUGUGGCCCCCCCAGUCCUGCAGGGAGUCGUGGCCGUUCCCUUGUGCUCCCUUGGGAUGGUCCCAGCGGCGUUCCAGCUGUGGUCAGGGGUCUCUGGGAGCAGCCAGAGGAGGAGGAGGAGCGCGGGAUGGACCCUGCAGGGGGGAUUUGGGGCUCUUCAAGCCCCCUGCCUUGGGCAUGGGGCUGUGCUGUAACUCUGACCCCAGCCCGGGGUCGCCGUCCUGCCCAUUAAAGUGUCUGUGUGGAGA